CGCGAGCACCAGCAGCCCCAGCAGCCCCGCAGUCCGUCCGGUCUGCAACAGGCUCCUUGCCCGUCGUCGGCAGCGUCGGCAGCGUCUGCAGGACCAGGUGCCCCGACCCAGGCUGCCAUGCUGCUGCGACUCCACUUCCUGGCCCUGGCGCUGGUCGUCCUGCCCGCGUUGUCAGAGCAGUUCUACGCCAACAGAUACGGCAAGCGGCAAGAGUUCGCGGGCCCCCACGGGCAGCAGGUGGGCUUCCAGAGCGGCUCCCGGUACGGGCGGACCGACCCCGACGCGGCGCCCAUGGGUCCGGACGAUCGCCUGCAGCGCCGCUUCUACGCCAACGGCCGCUACGGGAAGCGUGCGGCCGGCCAACCCACCUUGGUGUCGCCCGAGUACCAGCUCCUGGACGACUUCACCGCCGUGCCCUACAUCGUGGACGAGGACUCGCAGGUCGUGUGCCGCUACACGGGAGUCACCAACCUCUUCAGAUGUGCCCGAAGGAAAGACGGGGAGGACAUCCCGGCAGCGCUGCAGGACGCCCCGCCCAGCGUCGUGACGGGGAACCCUCUCAACUGACCUGCGCACAUCCUGCAAUCACCUAGUUCAUCGUAAUUUUUAAAUUUUACUUUCUUCUAUCGUUAAGAAAAAAAAUGUUUCAAAAACAACAAAAACGCUGAUCUGGCGAAUGUUUCGUUUCUCCUUUUGUUCGUUAGUGCGAAUGCUUUAGUUGAUUAAAUAAACUACAAUGCAGCAAUCACGUCGGCUGUGUCGUCGGGCGUCGUUCGAUUGUGUCGCUCGAUCCGAGCAAACUCCUUCGAGCUGAAACCCCUUUUUAAUUAGUCGCGAUUUUGACGACUUUGUCGCUGUACAGCUGAACCUUUGGUUUUUCUAUGUUGCCUAAUGUUAACGAGCCGUCUAGGUUGUAAGGUUGGCAGUCCUUUUGUUUUGGGUUCUACGGCUCCCUCAGGGGGGCCAUGCAACAGGGGGUGGACCGUCGGGCUGAAGAUGGCGUGCACUCUCCUCACCCAGACGUCCGCAACCACCGGUUGUCGUCAUUUUUGUUUUCGAGAAGAGGUUUGCGAGUUCGCGUGGCUGGAACUCAACAAUUUUUUCUGUGUUGCCAAAGCGGGCGUCGAAAUGUUCGAGUGUACGUACACUGUAAAAUAAAGUUGCCAUAAUCAAUAAA